AUGGCUACCUUAAUUCAUGCAUUGGUUAUGUUCUUUUUUUUGGUUUUUAUGCAUAAGGGUGAUGCCUAUGAGUUUGUAGUUGGAGGCCAAAAGGGAUGGAGUGUUCCAAGUGAUCCUAAUGCUAACCCUUUCAAUCAGUGGGCAGAAAAGAGCAGGUUUCAAGUAGGAGACUCCCUAGUGUUCAAUUACCAAUCUGGCAAAGACUCAGUAAUUGAAGUAAACAGCCAACAAGACUAUGAGAGUUGCAAUACUGAUGCAUCAUCUUCUGGAAAAUCUUCUGAUGGCCACACGGUAAUCAAACUCGACAGAUCAGGUCCUCACUACUUCAUUAGUGGAAACAAAGAUAACUGUCUCAAGAAUGAGAAACUAUUGGUGAUUGUUCUUGCUGACAGAACCAACAGAAACUCAAAUCAAACAGCAACAACUCCUUCUGUUUCUCCUUCUCCUUCUCCUUUAUCCUCGCACACAUCAGAUGCAUUGACUCCUUCACUACCACCUUCUCAGCUAUAUGGUUCGUCUCCUCCACCGCCUUCUCAGCUAGAUGGUUCAUCUCCACCACCUCUUCAGCAAGUAGGUUCAGCUCCACCGCUAGGAACUGAUGUGACAAAUCCUGCUACUCCAACUACAUCUCCUGUUUCUGAACCUCCUCCUCCUAAUGAUGCUUCUUCAAUCUUGCUUAGCUUUGGUUGUUCUGUUGGAGCACUCAUGGUUUCACUUCUCGUCUAUUCUAAGUAA